AUGUCAGGUCAUGAGGGUGGUAAGAAGAAGCCUCUGAAACAGCCCAAAAAGCAGACCAAGGAAAUAGAUGAGGAAUAUAUAGCUUUCAAGCAAAAACAAGAACAGAAAAAACUGGAAGAGUUAAAAGCAGAAGCUGCUGGCAAGGGACCACUUUCCAGUGGUGGAAUUAAGAAAUCUGGCAAAAAGUAG